GAGCUUUAACACACUGUUUUCCCUCUGAGCACGUCCUGUCCGGCCCUGUGUGCUCGCACUCGGGUCGUUUUAUUUCACAUUACAUGUGCAGGGUUUAGUGGCGGCUGGCUGCCCGGGGUUAUCAGCCUCCAGCCCGGAGGUGAAGCCCUGCAGCUCGGCUUUCGGAGGUGUUUGAUCACUGCUGAUGGUCACCUGUGUAGCUGGCGUUAGCUUAGCCGGCUAGCCGAGCAGCUAAACAACUACACAUCAGUUGUAUUUAUUCACCAAUGAAUUCGUGUUUCUCGCACGUUUGGUGUCAGUUAACAGUGAGGGUGUGAAUGUCAGUGUGUUAAAACACUUUGUCGCGUUGACUGAUUUUGUGGUGACGGGAAACAGAAGCGCCUCAGCGUUAGCUUUGAGCUUAGCUGGUUAGCGGGUCGGGAGCAGCUGAGCUCCUGAAGGAGCUCCGGGAGUCCGCACAGCAGCCAGGCGAGUCCACGGUCUGAGGCUGGCCUCGGGGACAGGAAGGAGUGAGUGUGUGUGUGUGUGUGUGUGUGUGUUUCUGUGUGUGAGAGACCCGGAGAAGUGCAGUCCGCGCUGUGUUGUUCUCACUGCUCAUUAUGCAGUUUUGGUGCACGUCAGACGGUGGGCCUGCAUGCUGCGUACCACAUGACUGAUGAUGUCCUAACGCUGUCCACACUGAGGAGCACUCGGGUCACGUGACCUAACCCACAGCCUCACUGGUCUGAGGACACGCUGCACACUGAAGUCUCCUCUUUGUGUGUGUGUGUGUGUGUGUGCGUGCAGCGGGGCAGUGCGGGCGGCUGUGCAUUGUGUGAGACUCAUUCUGCAUGGACUCGUCGCCAUGAGCAACAAGGAGAUGGUAUCCACGGAGACAGAGAACAGAGGACAGAGGAAGGUGUUCCUCCCUAACAAGCUGUUGGAGUGUCUCCCUCGUUUGUCCGGUCUGCCCAACGAGCGGCUCAGGUGGAACACGAAUGAGGAAAUCGCUUCUUACCUGAUAUCAUUUGACAGACAUGACGAGUGGCUCUCCUGCACCCUGAAAACCAGGCCAAAGAACGGCAGCAUCAUCCUGUACAACAGGAAGAAGGUGAAGUACAGGAAAGACGGAUACUGCUGGAAGAAAAGGAAGGAUGGAAAAACGACGAGAGAGGACCACAUGAAGCUGAAGGUCCAGGGCAUGGAGUGCCUGUAUGGCUGCUACGUCCAUUCCUCCAUAGUGCCGACAUUCCACAGACGAUGCUACUGGCUGCUUCAGAACCCGGACAUCGUGCUGGUCCACUACCUGAACGUGCCAUCCCUGGAGGAUUCUGGGAAAUGCAGUCCGCUCCUGUGCACAGUGCCCGACCGCCAUGACAGCGUGAGGUGGAGCCGAGACGACCUGCUGAACCAGCUGAAGCCCAUGUUCCACAGCAUGAAGUGUUCGGUGGCUUCGGGAGAUUUCAGCAUCGAGGAUUUGGUUCAGCACAUCCUCGACCGGCAGAGAACCAAACCACAGCCGCGCACACACGCCUGCCUCUGCAACACUGCCCAGGUAUCUUCAGGGAUGAACAUUCCCCACCGCUGUAACAGCACCAAGCAUCGCAUCAUCUCCCCCAAACUGCCUCCCUCAUGCAGACCCUCCCCCGCCUCCCUGCCCUGUGAGGUGGGGGAGGCAGGGAGAGGAGGGGGGGGCGGAGAAGUCAACCUGCCCCACCUGCAGCCUCAAAGCAGCCCCGUGCCGUCUCCCUGCCCCUCGUCCACCUCCGCCUCGUCUCCCCCGCAGCCUCACAGGGCCUCCAUCGCCAUGGCCAACCACGGCAACGGCUUUUUUGACCACCGUACCAACCUGGCCACGGUGGCGCUGCCCCAGAAUGCGGUGAUCGUCAUGGCAACGACCACCGCCAUCGCGGGAGGGAGAGGGGAAGGAGGAGGAGGUGGGGCCAGAGGAGAGGAGGCGGGGCCAGGACGGAGCCUGUCACUCACCCGCUCCGGCCAGUUGCUGCUCUCCCCUGCCCUCCCCCCUGCUGCUGUCAAGCCCGCCUCCCCUUCACAUCCCUCCUCCUCCUCCUCACCCACUCCCCCUUCACUCCCUCCCCCUCCCUCUGUCCAGGCACCAUCAGUGGCCACCCUCUCCCUCACCCUCCUCCCCUCCCCCGUCAUUGGCGGCCUGCUCCUCACCCCUUCCUCCUCCAACACCUCGUCGUCUAUCUGUUCCCCUGCUCCUGCUGCCGUCACCUCCCCUCCCUCUCCUCCUUCCUCGCCCUCACCACCCCCGCUUCCCUCAUCCCCUCUGCCAGCGUUUGACCCCGACUCCUUCCUCAACUCCCCCAAACAGGGUCAGACGUAUGGUGGCCCACCUCCUCCCUCCUCCUCAACCCCUGUUCUCUGUUCCUCCUCCCCCCUCUCUCCCCCAUCCCUUGCGCUCUCUCUCUCCCCCACCUCGACCCCUCCUUCCUCCGUGUCUCCCCCCUCCUCUCUCUCCUCCUCCUCUGAGGCAGAGAGGCGAGACUCUGCUCUCCCUCGGUCCUCAUCCUCGUCUUCCCCCUCUCCACCCUCAUCCUCCCUCCCCCCCUCCCUCUCCCUGUCUCCCUCCUCUGUGGCCCCGUCCCUCCUCCCCCUCUGCCUGGAGCUGGGAGCUCUGGGGGAGGCAGCAGCAGUGAGAGGGGAGGAGGAGGAGGUGGCAGUCGAUGAAGAGGAGGUGAAGGAGAGGAGAGGAGAUGAUGAUGAUGAUGAUGAUGAAAGCAGGGCUCCUCCCACCAAGCUGGCUCUGCUGCAGACAAGCCACGCCCCCUCCAGCUCAUCUCCGCACCAGCAAACAGGAAGUAGUGCUGCUUCGCUGCUCUUAGUUUGUCAGGACUCAGUAAGCCAACCCGUUCAGUCAACAAAUCAGCCCCUGCCUCUGGUGCAGAGUCAGCCAAUGUUUGCUAAUGCUAAAGCUAACGUGGCGUCUGACACUGCUGUCAGCUCCACUCCUGCUGUUGUCGCCAUGGAUACCACUCAUCUAGUGACGCCUCCAGUCCAGGUGAAGGAGGAGAGUAGACGGAACUACGAGUCAGAGGACGCCUGCAUGGACACACACCUGGAGGAGGAGGCGGCGGAGCCCUGCGAGCGGGGAGGGGAGGAGCUCGACAUCUCCUUCGACAGCCAGUUUCCUGACCUCAUCUCGGACCUCAUCACAGAGGAGGCCCAUCCUGUCACAGCUCGGCCCGCCGCUGUAGCCGCACCGAACCCAGCCGUGUUCCCUACGGGGGUCCGCUAUGUGGUGCCCCCCCAGCCUUCACCCUCUUCUUCCUUCCUCCCCUUUCCUCACCCGCUGCCCUCCUCCUCCUCACACCGUCUCGCCUCCAUCACCGACUUCUCCCCAGAGUGGUCGUACCCCGAGGGUGGUGUGAAGGUAUUGAUCACAGGACCGUGGACUGAGCUGUCAGGUCGGUACUCGUGUGUUUUCGACCAGAGCACCGUGCCUGCUUCGCUGAUCCAACCAGGAGUGCUGCGCUGCUACUGUCCAGCCCACGAGGCCGGUCUGGUGUGUCUGCAGGUCCUGGAGUCCGGAGGUUCCGUCUCCUCUUCAGUCCUGUUCGAGUACCGAGCGAGGAACGCCAGCUCCCUGCCCAGCUCUCAGCUCGACUGGCUCUCAUUGGACGAUAAUCAGUUCAGGAUGUCUAUCCUGGAGCGGUUGGAGCAGAUGGAGCGUAGGAUGGCGGAGAUGGCCGCCCGUGACAACAACAACAGCCAGCGACAACAGCAGCAGCAGCAGCAACAACAUGGCAGCCAGCUGGCCACGCCUCCUCCUCCACCUCUGCCUGAGGACCAUGAACAGUCCUCUCAGUGGUUCGAGAGGAGGAUUGUGGGAGUGUGUGAGCGGAUGAUGAGGGGAGGACGAUGGGGAGGAGGAGGAGGAGGAGGAGAGAGGCUUCAUCACUCUGUCCGUCACCGUGGCAUGACACUGCUGCACCUGGCUGCUGCACAGGGAUACACACACCUGAUACACACUCUGAUCCACUGGAGGAGUGUUAACAGCGACAGUUUGGACUUGGAACAGGAAGUUGAUCCUCUCAACAUCGACCACUUCUCCUGCACCCCGCUGAUGUGGGCGUGUGCUCUUGGCCACCAGAGGGCAGCGGAGCUCCUGUACAGCUGGAACAGCUCAGCUUUGGGGAUCCCUGAUUCGUUGGGACGCCUGCCGCUCGCCGUGGCUCGCUCCCGAGGACACACCCGCCUCGCCUCGGCGCUGGAGGAGCUGCACACACGCAUCAGUGCCAGGGACACGCACACGCCGGCCACACCACAACUGCAGCUGCCCCCGUCUCCACUGUCCACCAGCCCAGACACAGGCCUGAGCUCGUCCAGCAGCAUCCCCUCCCCCAGUGACCCGUCCUCGCCCUCCCCGAGCUCCGCCUACUCCAGUGGCCCCGCCCCCAUGGACACCUCCCCUUCCUCCCCUUCAUCUCCUUCCUCAUUGUCUUCCUCACUGCCUGUCUCCCCUCCCUCCCCCUCAUCCCUCCCCCUCUCCUCCCUUCCUCCUGUGUCCAUGUGGGGGGAGGAGCCUAACGCCGGGCUGAGCACAGGUCUGAACCCUGGCGGUUCUAGAGACUCCCCUCUUUACCUCAUGGACUACGAGAGCGCCUGUCCGCCCUCCAUCGGCCACACACACAUUUACCCACACACACACGCGGCUGGUGGGCAGCGGGCGCACAUGGCGGCGGCGCUGGAGGAGCAGCUGCUGAGCUACAGCGAGAACGCAGAGAACGAAGGCGAGGAGGAGGAGUACCUGGAGGAGGAGGUGCUGCAGGUAGACAUGGCAACACUGGCAGAGCAAAUCAUUGAGGCGACCCCAGAGCGAAUCAAACAGGAGGACUUCCCCAAGGGGGCGGAGUCACCGCUCAGAGAGAGACGGGACAACCCGGCCAUACAGGACCCCUGGCUGGCCACAUACCUGGACACGGUCGACGCCCACACACACUCCCCACCCAGGCGGGUGUGCCCCCCGUCGCCCCUCAGUGCUCUGGCCCUCCAGAGGCUCCGCCCUCCGUCUUCUGCGGCGUGGGCCGAGUUCCUGAAUGCCUCGGCCAAUGGGAAGAUGGAGAGAGACUUCGCCCUGCUGACGCUAACAGACGGAGAGCAGAGGGAGCUGUACGAGGCGGCGAGGAUCAUCCAGAACGCCUUCAGGAGAUACAAGGGUCGGAGGUUGAAGGAGCAGCAGGACAUGGCUGCAGCCGUCAUACAGAGAUGCUACAGGAAGUACAAGCAGCUAACAUGGAUAGCUCUGAAGUAUGCGCUGUAUAAGAAGAUGACCCAGGCGGCCAUCUUGAUCCAGUCCAAGUUCAGGUCGUACUACGAGCAGAAACGUUUCCAGCAGAGCCGGCGAGCGGCGGUGCUCAUCCAGCAGUACUACCGCAGCUACAAGGAGUACGAGAGGCUCAAACAGGCUCCGAGAGGCGCCGCCAGCCACAACCCCAAGAUCAAGGGGUCCUUCCUGACGAAGAAACAGGACCAGGCAGCGAGGAAGAUCAUGAGGUUCCUGAGACGCUGCAGACACAGGAUAAAAGAGCUGAAGCAGACGAGGGAGCUGGAGAGGAGAGGACUGACCACUUAAACCACGUCUUCAUUCACACCUCCUGUCAUCUCCUGGGGGACAGACAGGCAGACAGGCAGGCAGACAGGCAGGCAGACAGACAGGCAGACAGACAGGCAGACAGACAGGCAGACGGUUGAGCUUCAGCAGGUCUUCUGUGAAGAGACGGAGACAAAGCAGACAGAGAGAUGCCUUAUCCUGCGCCAGCUCUGCUUUCUUCUGCUUCUGUUGAUCUGUCCACCUGUCUGUCUGUCUGCCUGUCUGUCCAUGUUGAAUGUAGCUGUCUGUCUGCAGCUUUAAGAGCUCCAUUUAGAAACGUCACAGCGUCCCUCAGCUCGGCCUUACAGGCUCCUCCUGCAGGUUUUUCUCAGUUUGACACACAUGGACAACAGCUGCAGGACAAAAGACAAGCAGCUGUGAGACAGGCUGAACCUGCCCUCCAGAGGCAUGCUGGGAUACCUGACUGAAGCCAGAAUCUGACACCUGACCCGGAGCUAACUCAGAUAAGAUAAAAAUGUCAUUCAUUAGUUGUCACCCCUUCAUGCAUCACACGAUUGAGCGAACACAAAUCGUGAAGUCGCAGCGUUCACUUGCUCUCCUCUCAGUGUGUUUUGCAGCUCCAGGCUUGUGACACAUUAAAUCUGACCCUGACAAAACCACCUGAAAGCUGCACACAUGCAAACUCAGAGCUGUUCUCAUGUCGGUCUGGUGUGUGUGACGCAGGCUGAGAACGGCCUGUGGGGGUAAACCUCAGAUCAUCUCUCCUGGGAGGCACAGCUCAGGGCAAACAGGCCCAGGAGCAGAAUUCCCAGAAUUCAUUGCUGUUUUCCUGCUGAGGUCAGGGGAUGGAGUUCGACAGACUUCAAAAUGUACAUGAGUAUAACAAAGCUACUUAUAUUUAAACACAGUCACAUAUAGAAACGUAUAUAAAUAUCUAUAUUCUAAUGUUGGACUUUAUAGAUGCUAUGGAUGUUUAUUUAUUACAGCAUGAACUGUUAGUGUGAGUGUACGAGUGUGUGUGUGUGUGUGUGCAGACUGUGAGGUCUUAAGGAACCCCCUCAGACCUCUGACAGACAAAACAAACCAAUCAAAAACCGAGCUGCAGCUUUUGUCCAAAAGUCCAGUCAGAAGUCAAAUUCAUGUUCAGUUUACUUCAGUGUCACAGCACAGCUUCGCAGCUAGCUGGAGCAGCUAAUGGUAGCCGCUAACAGAAGCGGCUAAUGGUAGCAGCUCACCACAGCAGCUAACGGGGGCAGCUAACGGGAGCAGCUGAGGGUAGCAGCUAACCACAGCAGCUAACGGGGGCAGCUAACAGGAGCAGCUAAUGGGGGCAGCUCACAGAAGUGGCUCAUGGUAGCAGCUAACCACAGCAGCUAAUGGGGGCAGCUAACGGUAGCAGCUAACCACAGCAGCUAACGGGAGCGACUAACGGGAGCUGCUAACAGCUAAUUGCGCUCUCUCUGAAUGCGGGCAGUUUGCCUAAACGUAAACAGUCUGAUGUUGACCCCUGACAACUUUGUUUCUAAUUCAUCAUAUUAACGUGAGUCAUUAAGGUCACAUCACAAAUGUGCUGAUGGCGUCAGAGGUCAGACGGGGUUCCCUCCAAACUGUAUUUUAAAAUGUCGGUCAACUGUUCAGGACAGCAGCGACGGACGGUGCAGCAGCCACGACUGCACUUUGCUUCAAGCAGCACACAGUCUUUGUGUUUUCAUGAAGUGUGCUUUUCAUGGGCAAAGAAACGAUGCCGUGCUGUUGUCAUAGCAACCGUGGCGUCGAGGACCGAGCAUGAGCUUUCCUUUACAGCGAGUUGUUUGACAUGUUUGUCUUUGGCUUGUUUUCACUUUGAGCUGAGAGAAGAAACCUUCAGUAGUUCUUCUUCUUCUUCUUCUUCUUCUUCAGCUGUUGCAGUGAAGCUUUGCAUGAGUUUGUAUUUAAUUGUUCUACAAUUCAAAACCUUUCAAAUGAAACACGUUAUUCUACAAGUCAGAUGAAUAAAUCAGCUGUUUGCUA